UAUGAGGCGGAGAUGACAAGGCAUAGCACUGGAAGUCAUUAGGCACCAGGACACUGAAUGUCUAGAUAUAGGGAUAGUUGGUCUCCUCAUGCUAAUGAGGUUUAGACCAUGUUGAGCCAUAAUGUUGUUCUGUGGGAUUUCAAGUAUCCCUUAUAUACCUAUGGCUUCAUCUUCAUUAUUCUUCUAAUUAUCUGGCAAGUAACAAGGAGUUACUGUGGAUUGAGGUUGGAACCUAAAAGGAUCUGCUGCCAGCGUCACCGAAGAGUCAAGAUAAGAGAUGCAGCAACAAGAGCUAGGAAAUUUUGCCAGGAAGAAGCUGAGAAGCCAUGGGAGCUGCUCUCUGUCAUGAAAAGCCAGGGCUGGCUUCCUCAGGAGGGAAGUGUGAGGCGGCUCCUGUGUGCAGAUACCUGCUGCGAAAUCUGCAAUGCCAUGGCUCUGGAAAUUCAGCAGCUGUUGGUGGGUGAGAACACCCUGAUCUCUCCCCCUUCAUCGGGACCAUUGCAGGGUUCCUCUUGCCUAGAGAUUUUGUCUAUGUCUACUGUGUCUUUUGACCAGAGUCUGCAGCAACAUUCCCUACACUCCAAAGCACUUGCACUUCGAUCUACAACCCCCCCAGUGUUGCAAUUAGUGGAUCAGAAAUCCUUAACACAGUCGACUGUCCAAUCAGCUGGUACAGUCAAGAUCCAUGAUUGCUGGACUGAACACCUCCAGCUGGGGCAGGGAUUUCAAAUACAGGAGGUGCCCACGGGCCCAGAGACUUUAUGUUGUUCAAGACUUGAGGAGCCCAGGGUUCUAGUGAACCAGCAGGAGAUGCUGCAGAGUAGCCCCACCCUUGACUAUGGAAAUCAAGGGCCACAGCCCUUGAAUUCCCAGGUCUCUCUGCAGACCCUGAACCGAGAAAUUACUACCCUGACACACCCUAUGGCCUUGCAUGUGGUUACUGUCCUCCCUGCCCACCUGCCAUUCCUCAGUCCUGAAGUACUGAGGCUUCUUGAGGUACAUGUGAAAAAAUGGAUGCAUUUCCAGAGGUGGGGGCUACCCAGACGUGUGGAGGAGUCCCUGAGGCAGCUUAUGCCAAAUCCGCCAUUGUGUUACCAACCUGUAAACAACCAACCAGUUUCUUUCAUCCAGAAGAACAAUUCUAAGUUCCCUAUUGAAAAAUUUGGGACCUAUUCCUACCAGACCUGGGGUUCAUGUAUGGCCAGCCAGCCUACCCAGGCCUUCUGGGUUUCUGAAUGGUCCAUUAUGGAUCCAGAACAAAGACACCACCACCAGCAAAUCCCAAAUAAUAUGGCUGUGGCCUUGCGCUCUCCAGGUCUUGAAGACUCAAGUGGUCUCUAUGCACUUCCUGGGUACCAGGAUCAUGAUUCAGUGGGCCAUAUGCAGCAGAAAUACAGCCAGCUAUUCUGUGGACUCCCUUCCCUGCACAGUGAAUCAUUGGUUAACACCUUCCUAGGCUCUCAAAGUUUCUCCAUGAAUGGGAGCAUGUCCAAGCAUCCUUUGAAGGAUCCUUUUCUUUUCAAGGAACUCUCCAUUCUCCCUCUGCUACCUAAAACUCCACCCCAGUCAACCACACCCUCUUCCCCAUCCUCCCCAAAUUGGGUCAUUCCAUCUGACUACCAACAACCUCAAAUAAGUGUCCCAUUUCUGACCCUGGCCGAGUGUGAUGCCUUGGAGUGGCACCUGCUGCAGAGGCAGCUCCAGCUUCAGUGGGGCUUGCCAGCUGUUUUCCAGAGACCUCAGCACACCCAGAACCCCAUACAAUAUAGGCCAUGUGGCAAAGGCCAGUCUCCUGAGACAGUGAAAACUUCCUGGCCAGUGAAGCCCAUCACAGUCUUCACUAGGGAAUUAGUCUUCUUCCCAGAGCAUGCCCGGAGGCUGCUAGAAUUCCACCUCCAGCGGCAGUUAAUUCACCAUCGCUGGGGCCUGCCCCAAAAGAUCCAGGAAUCCAUCCAGUUACUUCUAUCCCCCAAUGAUCAGACAACUCUGUCCUGGAGCAGCACAGCCCUAGCCAACGUGCAUGAUCCCCAACCUACAGCCCUAGAGGUCACUGAGGCCGGUGACCCAUUCUCACCCAUCACAGACCCAGAGUCAGUCCCCAUGCCACACUUGUUUGACCAGGCCAAGGCAAUAUUGCAGAGCCACAUCAACUCCAAAUGUGGGCAGAUUCAGCAGGGCAAGGUCCCUGCUCGUGUAUAUAGCUCUUGGCAGUGCAUAAUUCCUGGGGGCCUGCAAGUGGCUCCCUUCACUUACAUCCCAGAAAACAAGCCCUUGGAGCUACAGGCAGCAACUGACCCUGCCCUACAGCAGAAAGCUAUGCCCUGGAUACCAAUGGCCCUUGACCAACAGCAACAAGCCUCACCAGAUGCUGUCACUGAACACCCUAAGCUGCCCCAAGCCCUGUCCGAGGGAGCCAUUGAGAAACUAGAGACAACAUUGCGGCACAAGUACCUGGCCUUCUUGUCAGGGCUGCCAGCUCUUUAUUAUGUGGCUCUCUCUAGGGCCAUGGCACCGGCAAUCUCUACCCAAGCUGUAAUCACAGGAAUGGUGCCUGGACCUGGUGAAUUCCCAACUGAACCUCUGACUCAGAUGAUCUCAUCUGAAGAGCAGUCUCUGAGUCCUGGGCCAAGCUUUCAAGAUGCCAAUGAGACUUGUGCAGACAUUGAAGAUGAGCUCCAGGUUGAAGAGCAGGUGGAAGAUUUGAUCAAGAUGGUGCCUCUAGAAAGCCAGGCAGAGGCCUCUGGGCCUUAUACACUCAAGAAAACGAUCUUAGCCAAACUAAAUUUCCAUCUAAGAAAGAAGAUCCUAGAGAUACAACUGGGAAUUCCCAUAAAGGCAAGGCUGUCCAGAGAACAAACAGUAGCAAACUCAGGCAACACAUCCACACAGGAUUCUCUAGAGAGUCUAGAGAACCUAGGAAAAACAUUGCUCCAGGAUCUCCCCAUCCCACUAGACACUCCUCGUGUCCCAGAUCCAGAAUGGCUCCACCUUAAAGAACAGCUGGCCCUUGAGUUAAAGGCAGUGCAGCAGAACCAGAAGCAACCUAGUUCAAGAGCAGUAUCUCAUGGUUCUGCCCACUGGGCCUCUAAGAUAUCACAACCCAGUGGGGACAUGACAGAGGCCCAGGUGCUUUGUGUUCAGUUGGAGGCCAAUGUGAACAGCCCCAGCCUGGAGGAGCCCUGGAGUCCUGAGUCCCAAAGCCCUGGCCACAGCAAGGACUCAGCCCAAGUCCCCAUGCUGGCAGAAAAGAGAGAGGACCCAGGGAAACCCAAAUUGGCAGGGGACCAUGGAGAAGGAGAUGCAGGGUUUGCACACUCCUCCACAAGAGACAUAAGCCACCCUGAUGAAGCCCAGAGGCCAGAAGGGAUGCUUCUGAACAGGACACCUCACAGCCCCUGGCGACGGAGCCGUAGCUUUCAUCUUGAUGCUCCCUGUGAACACAGUACGCGACAUCACCCUCAGAUUAAGCUUUCAGAGCCACCUCCAGGAAUCCCUGGGGUGAAGGUAUCUGAGAAGAAUGACCUGCACAGCAGUCAAACCAAGCUUAAUGUAUUCCUCAAACCAGCAAGGAUUCCUAAGAAUGCCCAGCCUGUGGUGCCCCAGGCAUCACAGGGUCAGCUUUUCCUGGGCCAACUCAUUCAGGGUAAGCCUUUGCAGGGCCAAACUUUGAAAGGUCAGGUUUUGCAGGGACAGGUGAUGCCGGUCCACACUCACAAGAGGCCCAGCCUUCCAGAAUCAGGCUUGAGAAGUAAGAUGAAAUCCUUUCUGCACUGUUUUAACUCCAAGGCAAAAGGCAAAGUGCAGGAAGAACCCAUGUUCUCCACAGCUGGGAAAGUGGCCAACACCAGAAAAGAAAAUGCAGAAAGGGGCCUGGCUCCAGCCAAAAGUUCCAUGGGGCGAACCAAGACAGAGAGGACAAGAGGGGACUCCAAGGCCCAAUCUUCCCCCACUGAGAAGCAGGAGGGCCUGACCUUCUUGGAUGGUCCCCAUUCCCCUGACAGUAAGCUCCGGCACCGCUCCCGCUCUCACCAACUCCAUUCUGCCUCAGUCCUGGGCCACCCCCGCCACUGCCCUAGGCACUGUCCUCGAGUGGCUUGUGCCACCCAACCAGGGAAUGUACCCUAGACCUCACCUCCCACCUCAGAGGGAAAUGUUGGCCUGCUCAAGAAGACCCAACACAAUCAAAAGUCAUUGUAGGCUCUCAUCUGUGUCCCUUGAAGAGGAUUGCUACUGUCAUUUUCACUUAUGGUGCAGGUGGGGCAGAGUGCCACCCAAAAUACACUCUAUGUCUCUAAGCAAAGCACUGUCUGUCUCCUCCUUCUCUCCACUGUGGUGUGUUAAGGGAAGGCAUGAGGGGAGGCUGAAGUGUCCUUCCCAUCUAGAGAAGGAACUUUAAUCCACUCUUAAGCUGGGUCAGCUUUCCAAACAACUCCUCCCGGCCCACCCUGGACUGUGGAUAAAGGGGCUUGAGCAAAGAAGGAAGGUAAGGUAAAUAAAGGUCAGGCUUGAAUUCUAUCAUGGCUUCCCAUUGGUGUCUUUAGGCCCAGAGGAGCAAUGUGGACAUGAGGAUAGUAGUGAUGAGGAGGAUUGGCCAGGAAUCCCACAGGUAGAAUCACUCA